UUUCCAGAAAAAAAAAAAUGCGCCCGCAAGUAUAACUAACGAUACCCAAUUAAAAAAGUUACUUAAUGACUAAAAAAAUGAUAGUUGCUAACACGGGCGACUGACCACCCUUCUCAGAUAAUCGCCGCUAAUAUCUUAGAUUGUAUGCCUAAUCAGCGCGUGUGGGGGGCGUAUAAAGACUACCGUUGACCCAUUUCAAACCUCAUACAUCAAGACAAGUCAAGUGCGCGCGGACAUGAACACUGUCGAACUAAUUUGAAAAUAGAAUACUUUCUCAACGGGAUUCUGAAUUUAAAAGUUGAUUUGUGCUACAAUGGAUUAAGGUGGUGUGUGAAGUGUGUGUUAUUGACUGUAGUGACAGUUUAGAUCUGUAUAAUGAAGAUCCAACUAGUCUACCUAACGCUAUGGUCGCUAUCCCAGGCCGCAUACAUCAGCCGCAUGACGGUCAACCGCAUGCGGGUGCCGACGGCCUUCCGUCCCGGAGUCACACUUCACCGGCCUUGGAACCAUCCACGGCUGGUCCAGGCUGCGUCGCAUAGGACGCCUUAUGUUAUAUACAGGAACCCACCGCACAGGCCAAUUUCCCGCAGAUACGCCAUGAAGCACUACGGGCCCAACCCCAAGAACAACCGCAACGUGUUCAUCAACAGCGGUCCGUGGAAGACGACGGCCAGACUGCCGACGAUCACCAGCGCCACGCCGGAGUACGAGUUCGUGAAGGCUGCAUCCGCGCCUACUUCGUUGCGAGUUAACGGUGAUAAAGGUGCCAUCCACACGAUCCCAGCGCCCAACCUAAGUCUUUCGGAGAAGCCAAUCGUGGUCAUCGAUGCGACGGAGCAUGGAGUGAAGGUUACUACAGAAGAUCCAAAACCAACUUACGAAGUAACAGAGAAAUACAUAGAGCCGUCAAUCCAGGUCGCUAAGAUCGAAUCGCCUAUAGGAUUUUCUAAAGCCACGUCCUUAACGGCCACUGAAAUACAAAACCUGGUCCGAAACGGCGCCGCCCUUCAACUGACGUCAGAGUACGGGCUGCCCGCGAUCGCUAAUAUGCCGCAGCAUCAGGCGCAACUUAUGCCACAACAGUUCACUAUACAGCAGGGUUUCAGUGCCAUGCCAACCCACCAGGAUCUAGUCCAGUCGGGAGCUGAAGGCAUUAUAAUACCGCCGAACGCAUUAUAUCAACCUGACCCUGGAUUCCUGCAAAAACUCCAGAACCAACUGUUGCAGAGAUACCCUGCCGUCGAAUUCAUACCAUACGCUGCUGACCUCCCAACAGAAGCCCAGAUCCAAACUCAAGCAUCUCAAAUCCAGCCACAAGUCAUCCUGCUCCAAAACGAAAUUACCAAGCAGGCACCAGCACCAUUUGCCGCAAGAGAACAGCAAAAUGAUAAGAACGUGGUACAGAGGGAAACUCAAGAAAAAACCGUAGUAACAUUAGUUCCACAAAAACUUAUUAUAACUACUCAAAAUGUAACUGAGAAAUCUGCUGAAACCACCACCCCAUACCAAACCAUAUCAACGCCACAAAAUAUAACCGUUCAAGUGGUCACCGAAUCCCAGCCUUCAUCAUCCGUUCAAUACAUAGUAGAAAGUACUACGGAAGAACAUAAGACCACAACUCCACUAUACUACGCUCAAGUUGGUCAAAGCGUUGGAAGCGCAAUAGCAAGUGGGUUUUUCUCAGCAAUCAAUGACGUAAGAGCGGCAGCUGCAUUAGCUCAAGUAAGUGAAACACCACAAGAAUCAUCCAGUACUGAAGCAGAAAAUACAACCACAAGCACUUCCGCCACAUCGACCUCAACAACCACAACUACAACCACUACAAUGAAUCCAGAAUUUCAACCAUACUUUGUACAUAAAAAGGAAGAUCAGAACAAUGAAACGAGUGGAGAAUUAAUAUCUGUGUUAGGAAUCCCUUUUGCGAAGCCAGAGCCAGUCAAACCAAUACCUAAACCUGAUGAAACAGUAAAAGUAGCUUACACUCUAUACAGGGCUGACGAUAAAGAUCAGAAGGUAGCAAAAGACGGAAGCGUGUAUGCUGGACAAAUAGUGGAAGCGAGUAUAAGUGAAGACCAAGAUUUUAACAAGGAGAAGAACAGUAUUUUGUCUAGAAGGGCGCCUGUAAGGCUGGUAGCUGUUCCAGCUGAGAAUCCGAGCACGACCACAACGUCAACGACAACUUUAGUGCCGCAGAAAAUAACAGUGGUCAAAGCAAAAAUCCCACCAAAAAGCAAGUUGACGUUUGAUGACAAAACAGGCGAGCCAGUACUGAGAAUUUAUGCCAGUUACGUGGAUACUCCUCAGCAGAAAGAAGUGGUGGUAUCCAAGUUAGCUAACAUGAAACAAAAAGAAGUAACUCGAAAGACCGACAGCGUCGACAGCUGGAAAGCAGCGACCAUAAAAUCUGUGGACAAAACCCAGGGCCCGAAUAUGAACCAAGUCACUCAGUUCGGACUCAAACUUAGAUCCAGAAGCGACGAUUACAUACCACUGUUCGAUGAUUACGAAGAUUAGUACAACUGAUACAAGUAUUUAUUUCACAAGACUGUCUCCUUAGUACCUAUAAUAAUUAACUGUAGAUAGGCGGGUCAACACAGAAGGAGCCGCCUCGGGAGGGGAUUGCCGUGCAAAGCAGCUCUAUCUUGUCAUGAAUCUAGUACCUAUAACUGGAUCAGACAUGGGCAAUGGGGGGAAAUGACCGAACGGGAUAGUCUUAUGUAUCUUUCUGUAGGAGUAACAGAGAAAGCGCUAUUAUUGUUUGUCCUUGUCAGUUAAUUUUUUUUAUCCCCCACCGUAAAUUUUAGUAUGGUUCAUGGUAGGCAAUAAAUAACCCAACCAAAUUACGUAGGAGGUUUUUGGUAUGCUGUCAGCAAUGUUAAAACGUGUUUUUAAUUUUGUCGCAUUGCGUGUAUGUUCUGCCGCUCACAGGCGCACGCGGUAUAACAUAACCACGCAGAACUAUACGAUCCUACCAUCUAUGAUCUGUGUAGACAUGCCUUGGCCGCCUUGGUUCGGGCGAGGCCUGUUUCCACCGACAGAGCUGCUUUGCGCGGCAAUGUCCUGGCGAGAUAGCUCGUUUUGUUUAGACCCGCCUAAUGAAGCAAGAUAAUUUUUUUAUCGUAAAAUUAAGCACUAUGCAUUUAGAAGACUAAUAAUCAUCUGUAUUUUUUUCGAUAAAAGGCCACCUGCCAUCAGAAUAGAAUAGAAUCAAUAGUUUGGUAAAGUAAUUGUUAAAUAAUAACAAUAGUUUCGAAACAACUCUCGUGCAUUUACUUCAUUUAUUUAAAUUACAGUAUUUAAAAAGUUCCAUUAAUUUUUAAAUUAGUUAUAACGAUGUAAUCGCUUUGACUCAACAAAGUGCUUAAGUAAAACAAAAUAGCGACUGACUGACAUGGGUUAUUCUUAGUACUUACAUGUACAGUCAAGGUAUUAAAUAUCGAUACGGACAAAGUGCCAAAAAUAUGUAUACACGACCUUAUUGCCUAUAUGUUAGGGUAGUGUGUACAUAUUUUUGUCACUUUGUCCGUAUGAUAUUUAAUACCAUGACUGUACGUUAUAAGUUAUAAAGAAUGGUAAAUUCUUUACAUGUAAGCAUUUUAAUGUAAUGUUUCAAACUUCUUGAGACUGUGUUAUUUAUAAUAUAAUUAUCUAUAUUCUAAGGUAGGUUAACAUAUAAUUAGUUUUGUUGACGCAUUUCGUUAUUAAAACCUAUUUAUUUAAAUGUAAAUAAAGUUUAUUGUUUUGUUUUUGUUAACGCCAAAUUUAUAAAUCGAGUUAUAAUAAAAUUAAACAAAUAUAUUU